AACCGACAUAUUCCCAUCGCUAUCCCUUACGCAUGAAAAACCCGAAUUGGACCUUAUUUCACGAAAGCCACGCAAAGUAACUAGAGACCAUCUUGUAGAUGCAAAAUUACUUUUGCAAGCUUAUGGGUUUAUUGGUAUGACGGAAAUGUUCUUUGCGCAUUGGAUGUUCUUUACGUAUUUAUCCUUUUAUGGUGGUAUAUCUUUUAGGGAUACACAUUUAACAACUGGGGAGAUGGGAUUUAUGGGAAAGACGAUGGACGAACUUAACGAACUCAAUGUCAAAGUAUAUGCUUUGCAACAUUGGUAA